AUGAAUGAUGAAUUCAAUUCGUUGAGAGAACUGUAUGCGAAUUGGCCGCAACUGAUUGACAAGGCCGUUGCGGAUAACGCACUGGUGGAAUUUCAUGAAUGUGUUAGUUGUGAUUCGCUUAGAGAAUUACCUGUGCAGUUUGUUCUGGUUUAUAUUCACGAAAGUGGUCAUAAAAUUUUGUUAAAUAGAAAUGGAUUCAUCAAAAAAAAUACAAACAAUAAUGAAAAUUCAUUUGAUCUCCGAAUUGGAGCAACUCCGCAAUGUCUUCAGGGAUUAACAAUACCAGAACAACUUUUAAUAUCUGCGGAACCAACUUCGCUUUCUACGGUUUUACCUUUACCCGUGUAUCAACUGUGUGAUCAUUUAAAAAUAGUAUUUGUUGGAGAGAAACAACCCUCGGAAAAACAAUUAAAAAAGACAACACUAGAAUCUUUACUGGAAAAUGAAGUACCAAUGGCUUUAUUGGCAACAACCAUAAUGGUUAAUAUUGAUCCCAGAAAACUAGAACAUUAUACUGGAUAUAUGAUAGAUCCGAUCGACGAGGAAGUAGGUAAUAAAUAUGGAAUACCCAAGUUGCAUGGUUCUAUCGAUGGCUCAACUGAAUUGAGAAAUUUGGAUAUGACUUAUACUGAUAAUGAUCCUAUCUCUGAACAAGAACGUACUUUAAAAUUGCUUGAAAAAAUGAUUCAAGAAUCGACUGAUAAUAGACAAAAUUAUUCUCGCACGAUCUUGAUGCCACAUUCGAAUGUACCUAAAAAUGAGUAUGUAAAUCUGUCACUUUUACUUGCUGCAUUUUCUACUUUAUUUCCUUACGGGGUUAGUGGUCAUGAAAAUAAUUUCUGUAAAUAUUACAUAUCAUUUAAACAAUACAUCAAACACCGAUUGCGACUCCGUGACCCUAAAUUUAGACAUUAUCGUUCAUUUGUCUUUGCAGCAUUUGAUACAUUAAGAAGAAAAGAAAUUGCAUCGGAAACAUAUUUAAUAGCAAAACAAUCGAAUUUUAAACGAUCAGCUGAAUUAAUUUCGAAGCUUACACCAAAUGAUAUAAAAAUUGCUAUUAAGCAAAAACAAGACAAUCAACCAAUAACAAACGGAGCAGUGCUUGAAUUAACUAAAAAUAUAAAUGUUGUCAGCAGGAAAAUAAUGGGCUCACAUCAAUUGCAGAACCUUCUUCGUAAUGAAAUUCGUGCUGUUAUAAUACUUGACGGUUCACCUUCGUUAUUUGUAACUAUUAACCCCACUGAUCUUCAUAGUUCAAUUGUAAUAAUGUACGCUGAAAAAGAAAUCGACAUUAAUAAUCUACUUCCUGAAGACUUUCCAACUGUGACAGAAAGAGCUAGAUUAGCUCACCUUGAUCCAACUGCGAUAAAAAACUACUAUACAGUAACAGAAUAUCAAGAUCGUGGUACACCUCAUUGUCAUAUGUUGAUUUGGCUCCAAGGUGCUUCCGAUCCUAUUGAAUUACGAAACCGUCUUAAGCUUGAAGAUUUCAGGAAACGAUUGAUACUUUAUAUAAAUAAAAUUAUCAAAGAAGAUAUUAGUUAUCUUUUUUCAAACAAUGAUUACCUAACUGAUAAAAUGUUAGAUGCCGAAUACAAAGCCCCGAAAACCAUUUUAGAAAAAAAAGUCCAUCCGUCAAUUUAG